GAAGAAAAAAGAUAUGUAAAAUGCAGGGAGGACCAACCCAACCCAGCAAAGCCAAACCCUAGAUUUCUUCUUCCUUCCUUGCCAAAUAACAAAAAUAAAAUUCCUUUCUCCUUCCCCAAAACCCUCCCCACACAGUGCUUCCUUCCUCCUUUCCCAAUUUCUUCGAUUCUUCAGAUCCAAUUACAAACAACCUCUCUACUCGUAUCUUCUCACACCUUUCCGACGAACCAGAGGGUUGUCUUCUGCUCGAUUGAUCGUUAUCGCGGUAUCGUGAUUGGGUUCUGUACGGUACCCAUUUGCAGAUCCUGCUAAAUUUCCCGUCUUUCUGCUGGGGUGAGGGGUUUUCUGCAUAAGUUUGAGAUCGUGGGGCUGCUAAAUUUCCCAUCUUUUUUUCGUUGAUAGCUGAGCCCUUGUGAAGAGCUAUAAAGGGUCUUCAAGAUGAUGUCCAAAUCGUAUACCAAUCUCUUGGAUCUAGCUUCGGGCAACUUCCCGAUAAUGAGUCAACAACCGCGGGAGAGGAAGAGGUUGUCUCGUGUGAUGACUGUUCCCGGGGUCAUCUCCGAGCUUGAUGAUGAUCAGGCGAAUAGCGUUGCCUCGGACGUGCAGUCUUCCUUAAUCCAGGACCGGAUAAUAAUCGUGGCGAACCAGCUGCCGGUGAAGGCCAAGCGGAGGCCGGAUAAUAAAGGGUGGAGUUUUAGCUGGGAUGAGGAUUCUUUAAUGUUACAGUGUAAAGAUGGUUUCCAUGAAGAUAUGGAAGUUAUAUAUGUUGGUUCUUUGCGGGUUGAGGUUGACCCGAGCGAGCAAGACGAUGUGUCCCAGCUUUUGUUGGACAAGUUUAAAUGUGUUCCUGCAUUCCUGCCUCCUGAUAUCUUGAACAAGUUUUAUCACGGGUUUUGUAAGCAGCAUUUGUGGCCGCUUUUCCAUUACAUGCUUCCCUUCUCUGCCAGUCAUGGUGGGCGGUUCGAUAGAUCCUUGUGGGAAGCAUAUGUUGCGGCAAAUAAAAUCUUCUCACAGAGGGUGAUUGAGGUUAUAAAUCCGGAGGAUGAUUAUGUCUGGAUUCAUGACUAUCAUUUGAUGGUGCUACCAACCUUCUUGAGAAGAAGGUUCACCAGAUUGAGAAUGGGUUUCUUUCUUCAUAGUCCAUUCCCAUCAUCGGAGAUAUACAGAACGUUGCCUGUGAGGGAAGAGAUUCUCAAGGCACUGCUGAAUGCUGACCUUAUUGGAUUUCAUACGUUUGAUUAUGCUCGUCAUUUUCUCUCCUGCUGUAGUCGUAUGUUGGGGUUAGAAUAUCAGUCAAAACGAGGUUAUAUUGGAUUGGAAUACUAUGGUAGAACGAUCGGAAUCAAGAUCAUGCCGGUUGGCAUUCACAUGGGACAGAUUGAGACAGUAUUGAAGCAUGCUGAUAAUGAGUGGAGAGUGAAAGAGCUGAAACAGCAGUUUCAAGGAAAGACGGUUUUACUCGGUGUUGAUGAUAUGGACAUCUUCAAAGGUCUUAACUUGAAGCUUCUGGCAAUGGAAGCGAUGCUGAAACAACACCCAAAGUGGCAAGGAAGGGCGGUUUUGGUCCAGAUUGCUAAUCCUGCCAGGGGGAGCGGGAAAGACCUCGAAGAAGUGCAGGCGGAGAUUCAGGAAAGUUGCAAGAGGAUUAAUGAGACUUUCGGCAGACCAGGCUAUGAACCAGUUGUGUUCAUCGAUAGACCAGUAUCACUUAGUGAAAGGACAGCGUACUACAAUGUUGCUGAGUGUGUGGUGGUGGCAGCUGUUAGGGACGGGAUGAAUCUUACUCCUUAUGAGUAUGUUGUGUGUAGGCAGGGCGUCUCUGGUUCAAGUUCCAGUUCAGAAUCCAGUGUCCCCAAGAAGAGCAUGCUAGUUGUUUCUGAGUUCAUUGGGUGUUCCCCUUCUCUUAGCGGUGCUAUUCGGGUCAAUCCUUGGAACAUGGAAUCAACUGCCGAGGCUAUGAAUGAGGCCAUUUCAAUGUCUGACAAUGAAAAGCAGUUGCGGCACGAGAAGCACUACAGAUAUGUCAGUUCACAUGAUGUGGCAUACUGGUCGAGAAGCUUUUUCCAAGAUCUGGAGAGGGCAUGCAAAGACCACUUCAGAAGGCGAUGUUGGGGUAUUGGGUUGAGCUUUGGCUUCAGAGUUGUCGCGCUCGAUCCUAACUUCAGAAAGCUGUCGAUUGAUGCAAUUGUUAGUGCAUAUUUGAGGUCCAAGAAGAGGGCUAUCUUGCUUGAUUAUGAUGGAACUGUAAUGCCUCAAACAUCAAUCAAUAAGUCGCCAAGUCAAGAAGUACUUUCAAUUAUCAAUACCCUCAGCAGUGAUGCAAAGAACACAGUUUUUCUUGUUAGUGGAAGAGGGAAGGAUAGUUUAGGUCAGUGGUUCUCUCCUUGCAAAAAACUUGGAAUUGCUGCGGAACAUGGUUACUAUUUGAGGGUGGUCUGCUGAUAAGGACUGGGAAAUCUGUGGGCAAAACUGUGAUUUUGGAUGGUUUCAGAUAGCUGAGCCCGUAAUGAAGUUGUAUACAGAAUCAACAGAUGGUUCUUACAUCGAAACCAAGGAGAGUGCCUUGGUCUGGCACCAUAGAGAUGCUGAUCCAGGUUUUGGUGCAAGCCAGGCUAAGGAGUUGUUGGACCAUCUUGAAAGUGUACUUGCAAAUGAACCCGUAACUGUUAAAAGUGGUCAAUAUAUUGUGGAAGUAAAGCCGCAGGGUGUUAGCAAAGGUGUAGUAGCGGAGAAGAUAUUUACAUCAAUGGCCGAUAAAGGAAGACAGGCCGAUUUUGUGCUGUGCAUUGGCGACGACAGGUCGGACGAAGACAUGUUUGAGAGGAUCGGUAAUGCCUCAACAAGCGGAGUACUCGCAUCGAGCACGAACGUAUUUGCAUGCACAGUAGGCCAGAAACCAAGCAAAGCCAAGUACUAUUUGGACGACACAAGUGAUGUCUUGCACAUGCUCAGAGCUCUUGCUGAAGAUUCAGACCCUUUAUCUGAUGAAGAAGAUGAAGACAGCAGAUCCCCCUAACGUCCUAUCCAUUUCUUCCUCCACAGCAUUUUUCUGUGGGUCAUUUGUUGGUCGAAUUCAUGACGGAAGAAUACACACCAUAGCAAAGCCCUGGGCUCCAGUUAGUUGAACGAAGAGACGUGGUUUGUUUGUGGCCCAUUAGCCAUGGCAUAGCCCCGGGAAGGGAGGCUAGUCAAAGCCCUGCAAAUCUGGCAAAGGAAGGGAAAUGGAUGGCUGUUUCGAACAAAACAGUGAAAAAUGGUUGGUCUGGUAAACAAAUGAAUGGGCUUUGCUAAGGUGGUGUAGGGUGGAUGGGUGCGAGAAGAGGGAUGGAACCUUAUCUUAUGAACAGGAACUGAAUGGUUAUUGCUUGACGGUUGACGAUGGAUGGAUUGCAAUGAAUUAACGCAUUGCAGUAUUGUGGCAGUGAAGUUAUGAUAAGGAAAAGAAAGGUCUGUACUUUGCUGUUGUUUGAAUGUUCCCACCAUUGUUAACAGAGACAGUCAUGGUGGUGGGAUUAUAUACUUUUUCCCUUUUGCUCUGUCUAGAGAGAGUAGUCGAGUGAGUGAUUUAUUUUCAUUCCCCGCGUUUACUGUCGACUAUUGGUUUGGUAAAAAUUCAAUUGCCCUGUCCAAUGUGUAAAUGUUAUACUGAAAACUGGCAGUCGAGUUUAUUCUAUUCUCUGCAUAAAAGUUUGAUUCUUUGGGGUCGACGGCAA